AACGCCGACCCUGCGCGUCCUUCUUUCACCUUCCCCGUUCUCUCAUUUUAUCUUAAGAGUCCGUCCCGCAAAGUACUGCGGCUCUUUUGCUAUUUGCCUUCCGAGUUCCACGACGUAAACGAUAAACUCAGUUCGGAAUGUUCAAUCCGCUAUUUUAGGAUAGAAAACGUCUUCUUUUUGCAGAGGAUAACUUAAUUUUUUUUCUGGGAAAAUUUAAGGUGGAGUAAAUAUGAGCAGAAGCGGCUAUACAUGCGUUAGAUAUAUUUUCUGCUACGUCAACGUCCUUUUAUGGCUUUCAGGCUGCGGCAUUUUAGGAGUUGGCAUUUGGCUCAGAUUAAACCAUGAAGGCUAUGCCAGUCUCGUGCCCCAAUACUCUUUCUUCAGCGCUGAUUUUAUAUUUGUGACUAUCGGCUUUAUCACCGUACUUGUUACAUUCUUUGCUUGCUGUGGAAGCUGGUUCCAGAGUCGAUGCAUGCUUAUAACAUAUUUUAGUUUGGUCAUAUUCAUGUUUCUACUUGAAUUUGUCCUUGCUACACUCGCAUUUGUCUAUCGAGAAAGCCUUAAUGAUUUUCUCAAAGAUGAACUGUUAGAUGGAAUAAAGAAACAUUAUAGAAACUCUUCGAACAACGGCUUGGACAUGAUUUGGAAUGAGACGCAUACCAAAUUUCAUUGUUGUGGUAUCAAGUCAUACGAAGACUGGUAUUCAAUAGAUGCAUGGCCUAAUGUACGAAGGGUCCCAGAUUCCUGUUGCCUUCCAGCAUUUAAGAAAGCUGGGUGCGGCAAACCCGGAGGCCAGGACCACUGGUAUACCAAAGGCUGUUCUGAAAAAGUAUUGAUGUGGUUUGUCAAACAGCUUCAUGUCGUCGGAGUUGUUGGCCUCAUAAUAUCAUUUUUCCAACUUUUUGGUCUAAUAUCGGCGAUGUUGCUUUUCUGCACUGUGAGGCAUAAAAGGGCAAAAGGUCACAUAUACAAGGCAUACUCUUCAAGUUGAUUUUCAAAAUUAAAUUAUUGUAAUAUAAAUAUGUAAUAAGACUUACAACAAAAAAUAUUGUGUAUAUUGUUUAUU